UUUACUUGUUUUGAUAAAACAAGCUAUAUUCUUUCUGGACUCCUGCUUGACAAAGUCUCAAAUUUUAACUUUUUUGCAUUGGGUUAAUCACUGAAACUAAGCAAAGCAAGAAAAAAAAGGUCUUUGAUCCAAACCAAACAUCCCCCGAAACUUUGAAAAUAAAAUAGAAAAAUUCCUCCGAUUUGCUUUCAUCUUAAUCUGGUUUAACCAUGUUCGCUAAACGCCUGCUUCAGAAAACGGUUCAUCAUUCCCAGCAAAAUGUGCAGCGUGGGGAUUUGAAAUCAGAAGAUUUGGAUUUGCGAGUUGCUAUCCACUAUGGGAUCCCAUCUACUGCAUCAAUUCUUGCUUUUGAUCCUAUUCAGCGCCUCUUGGCUAUCGGGACUUUAGAUGGACGGAUUAAAGUUAUUGGGGGUGAUGGAAUUGAGGGACUUCUCAUAUCUCCGAAGCAAUUGCCUUACAAAUAUUUAGAGUUCAUACAAAACCAGGGUUUUUUGAUUGGUAUCUCAAAUGACAAUGAUAUUCAGGUCUGGAAUCUGGAGACCAGGCAUCUAGCAUGCUGCUUACAGUGGGAGUCCAACAUUACUGCCUUCUGUCUCAUUGGUGGCUCACAUUUCAUGUACAUUGGAGAUGAUUAUGGUAUACUAUCAGUGGUUAAGUAUGAUGGUGAAGAUGGAAAACUUUCGCACUUACCCUAUAAUAUAACAGCAAAUUCUUUAAGUGAAGCAGCUGGAUUUUCAUUUCCUGAUGACCAACCUAUUGUUGGGAUUCUUCCUCAACCCCAUUCUUCUGGAGAUAGGGUCAUAAUUGCAUAUGCAAAUGGUUUGAUAAUUCUUUGGGAUGUUUCUAAAUCUCAAAUUCCCUUUAUUGGAGGUGGAAAGGAUCUUCAAUUAAAGGAUGCAGUGGAUUCAGAUGUUCAAGAUGAUACAUUUGAGCAUCAUCUCCAAGAAAAGGAAAUAAGUGCUAUUUGUUGGGCAUCUUCUGAUGGAUCCAUUCUCGCAGUGGGAUACGUAGAUGGGGAUAUCUUGUUUUGGAAUACAAGUAUUACCUCUUCUAAAGGUGAAAGAAAUGGACAAAACAAAAAUGUUGUUAAGCUGCAAUUGUCAUCCGCUGAGAGGAAACUUCCUGUCAUUGUCUUACAAUGGUCCUCAAAUAAUACAUCACGCAAUGAUUAUAAUGGCAAACUUUUUAUCUAUGGUGGUGAUGAGAUAGGAUCUGAAGAAGUUCUGACGGUUUUGAGUCUUGAAUGGUCAUCUGGGAUGGAGACUGUUAGAUGUAUUGGUCGUGUGGACCUUACAUUGACUGGCUCUUUCGCUGACAUGACUUUGUUGCCGACUGCUGGGGCAACAGGGGGAAAUCACAAAGCUGAUCUCUUUGUGUUGACAAACCCUGGACAACUGCAUCUUUAUGAUGGUACAAACUUGUCUACCUUGCUAUCUGAGAAAGAGAGGAAACAAUUUGCCCAUCCAGUAGAAUUUCCCAUGUUUAUACCUACAGCUGACCCAUCAAUGACUGUUGGAAAGUUCAGCGCCCUACCUGCUGGUGGAAUCUCAUCAAAAUGUCUUUCAGAGCUUGCAUCAAUAACGAAACUUUGCUCAACACCAACCCCUGCUGCUGGCAUAAAGUGGCCCUUGACUGGCGGUGUACCCACUCAACUAGCUGUCUCUAAGGAUAACAGUAUUGACAAAUUGUACAUAGCAGGUUACCAGGAUGGUUCGGUCCGGAUCUGGGAUGCUUCAUAUCCUAUACUGACUCUUCUCUUUGUUCUUGAAGGAGAAGUGCAAGGCACAAACAUGGCUCGUUCUAGUGUUCCAGUUACAACUCUGAACUUCUGUUGGCACACUUUGAAUUUGGCUGUUGGAAAUGAAUGCGGUGUGGUAAGCAUUUAUUACCUUGGCAGGUCUGAUAAAACAAGCUUUCACUAUGUCACGGAGACCAGAUGUGAAGUUCAGAGUUUUACGCAAGGAAAAGGACCUCAGUGUAAAGCUGUAUUUUCCCUUCUUAAAUCACCAGUUCAAGCCCUGCAUUUUGGGAAUUGUGGAGCCAAGCUUACCGUUGGAUUUGAAUUUGGUCGUGUUGCGAUGCUUGAUGUGAGUUCACCAUCAAUUUUGUUUCUCACCGACUGUGUAUCUAGUUCAUCAUCUCCGAUCAUUUCAUUGUCUUGGUUAGAGUUUAAAAAUGUUCAUAGUCAUGUCAAAAGCCCUGAGCAUUCAGAAACAGAUGUUGCAAUCAAACCUGAAGAGGAAAUAAUAUUUAUAUUAACCAAGGAUGCAAAAAUAAUCUCUAUUAACGGUGCUAAUGGUGAGAUGAUACACCCUCAUCCAUGGCACUUGAAAAAAGAAGAAACUGCACUCUCCAUGUACAUUAUAGAGAACAGUUUUCCAUUAUCCAUAUUAAACUGUGAGAAGCGGUCUGAGGAAUCCAACAAGGAUACCACUGCCAAGAUUGAGGCUGAGCUUGAUGCUUCUUCAACUGGGACUGAGCAUCCCUCCUCUUCAGAAGCUGCAUCCUCUCUGGAACACUCACUUGAUACACUUUUGUUGCUUUGUUGUGAAAAUUCCUUGCGCUUGUACUCGAUGAAGUCUGUGAUUCAGGGCAAGGAUAAAACAAUUCAUAAAGUAAACCAUACGAGACCUUGCUGUUGGACCACCACUUUUAAGAAAGAUGGAAGAGUUUGUGGACUUCUAUUGCUGUUUCAAACAGGGGAUAUGGAGAUCAGAUCCUUGCCAGACUUGGAAUUGGUUAAAGAAAGCUCCAUAAAGUCAAUACUAAGGUGGAACUACAAGGCAAAUAUGGAUAAGUUGAUGACUUCUGAUAAUGCUCAAGUUGCACUGACGAGCGGAUGUGAAAUGGCAUUCAUCUCUCUCUUGGCUGGUGCAAAUGAUUUCAGGAUUCCGGAAUCUCUGCCUUGUCUCCACGAUAGGGUUCUUGCGGCAGCUGCCGAUGCUGCCUUAAGUUUCUCUUCAAACCAGAAGAAGAAACAGGGUAUGGCACCAGGGAUUCUUGGUGGUAUAGUCAAAGGCUUUAAAGGAGGAAAAGUGAAUACAUCUGCAAUGCCUGAAUCCAAUUUUACUCAUUUGGAGAGCAAAUUUUCAAAGACCCCAUUCAUAGACACAAGCCAGAAUGUUAAUAAGCAUGAAGAGAUGGAGCUUGACAUAGAUGACAUCGAAAUAGAUGACACUCCACCUGUAACUAGCUCCUCAUCUCAUGAAGCUGUUCAAACGAAAGGAGGAAAAGAAACAGACAGGGAAAAACUGCUAGGUGCAGCAGAUGAUUCAACACCCAGGGUUAGAACAGCUCAAGAAAUUAUUGCAAAAUAUAGAAAAGCUGGGGACGCCUCUUCAGCAGCAGCGCAUGCGAGAAAUAAACUGGUAGAAAGACGGGAAAAGCUGGAGAGAAUCAACAGACGCACCGAAGAGCUGCAAAGCGGGGCAGAAAACUUUGCGUCAUUGGCAGAUGAACUGGUGAAGGCAAUGGAAAAUCGAAAGUGGUGGCAAAUAUAACUGGACACAAAUGGGGAAUUAUAUCUUGAGAUCAUUUCUUCAUACUCCAUAGUAGUUGAUCACUUCCGAGCUCAUGAUGGCGCCAUUAUUGUUCACAGUAAAAAAUUUGGAAUCAUAUGAGUUGGUUGGUGAAAUAGCGAGUUGAAGCUUCAACUUACACUAGUGUCUUGAGAGUUGUUUGUAUUCUGAUGUAAAGUAGCAUAAAGUCAACAUUUCAGCUCCUUUAAAAAAAAAUCCAUUAUUGAAAAGAAAUUAUUGGGUUGAAAAUCAUAGAUUUUGUUUUCCAUGCAAUAUGCAUGUUUAAAUAUCGAAUGUAAAGAGUUGAUGUUGAUUAAGUAUAGAGUUUGUAAAAUCCUUACUUUGAAACAGUCAAAAACCAUCCAUGUUAUUGGUAAAAGUAUUGAUUUUCUAUUCUAAGGAAUGACCAGACCCUGCCUUUAUCUUUGUUGAA